AAAAUUAGUCACCCCACAUGGUCUCCACCUCAUUGCCGUCUGAGACUCUUAUAUUCACCACCACGCACUCAUUCUCAUUUCUCUAUAUCUCUUCUCUCUCACUUUUUCUCUUUAUCUAUUCUAUUCCCUUACCCGAGUUACUCACUCACUCGUUUCGUACGGAUUCCGAUUCCAACCGAGUCACUCAUAUUUUUACAAUCAUCGCUCUAUCCAACGAUGACUUCUCCUUCCACCGCUGCCGUCUCCGGCGAAUUCAUGCUCUUCGGAGUUAGAGUCGUCGUUGAUUCCAUGAGAAAGAGUGUCAGUAUGAACAAUCUCUCACAGUACGAACAACCUCACGACAAUAUCAGUAUCAAGGAUGAUAACAAUAAAGAAGUUCUCGCCGCCGGUUAUGCCUCCGCCGAUGACGCCGUUCCGAAUAACUCCGGCAAAAACCGCGAUCGCGAGCGUAAACGAGGGAUUCCAUGGACGGAGGAAGAGCACAAGCUGUUUUUGGUUGGAUUGCAGAAAGUAGGAAAAGGUGAUUGGAGAGGAAUCUCUAGAAACUACGUGAAAACUCGAACGCCGACGCAGGUUGCAAGUCAUGCUCAGAAGUACUUUCUCCGCCGUAGUAAUCUCAAUCGCCGUCGCCGUAGAUCCAGCCUCUUUGAUAUCACAACCGACACGGUGUCUGCAAUUCCAAUGGAGGAAGAACAGGUGAAGAAUCAAGAUAGUGUUUCUCAAUCACAGCCUAUGUGCCCUGCAGCACCUGAACCUAGAAAAAACAAUGGAUUUCCUUUUAUGUCAGUAUUUGAGUUGGGUGUUAAUGAGAGUCCAAUGGAAGAACUCACUCUUGGACAAGGAAAUGUGAAACACAAUUUCCCAAUAUUCAAUCCAAGUCCUUUUGUUGGUUCAGAUCCUAAAGUUUCCGCUGUCUCUGACAUCACUUCAAGUUCUAAUUCAUCAAUUGACCCUCCAACACUUUCCCUUGGUCUGUCCUUCUCAUCUGAUCAAAGGAAGACAUCAUCAACACACUCAGCUUUACAUGCAAUGCCAUGUUUCAACAAUGGAGACAAUAUCAUAAGUGUUGCUUAAAAAAUAUGGCUUAUGAUGAUUAUAGUCCAUAUCUUGACCAUCUUGGAUUCACAGAUGAUUACAGAUAUAAGUAUUUACUAUCUAUAGUCUCUUAUCUCUAACUCCUGUCAUUUUGGUGGGAGAAGAGAAAGAUCUUGAAGGAAAGAGGGAUGGAUUCAACGAAAUCUAAGCUUAAGUGACUAAAUUUGAUCCUUCUGUUCCUUGUACAGACACUGGGAAAAGUCCUGUCCAGUUUUCUUCUUGUUUUAUUUAUGUUAAUUAAUUAAUUAAUGUCAUGACUUUAGAUUCUUGUUUAUUUUGGUGGUUUAUGUUUGUAGUUGAUGUAACUGAAAAUAACAAAGUAGUCUCUGUUCAUUGCUGAUAACGUUGGAUGUGGACUCUACACAAAAUGAAUGGUUGGUCUGUGGCUCUUAUAUGGGGUGGGGAUAAUAUCAAGUUGGAUUCUAGCAUUGUUGUUAAGAUUUGAGUAUUGGAUUGUA